AUGAACGACAGGGACGAUUUACUUAUUGAUGAGGCUAGUACAGCACCAUAUUCACAUAGUCUAUAUGAAAGGGCAAAUGCUGAAAAACAAAAAAGAGACUUUGCAAUAACGGAAAAGCAGGAUGAAGAAUCUGAGCAACAGGUAAAGCCUCAAAAGACGGGCAAUAAGUCUAAACUACAGAAUGAAUGCAAAAAAAUCCUCAGUUCUUUUAAAAGACAGCUACCACCAAGCCAAAAUUCUGAACUUGAAUCACAAGAAAAAAAUAAUUUGACAAAGUCAAUCAAAUCACGCCACCUGGUCAUGAUCAGUCUCGGUACAGGUAUAGGCACUGGGUUAUUAGUGGGUAAUGGUCAGGUGCUGGGUACAGCUGGUCCCGCCGGGUUGGUGCUUGGUUACGGUGUAGCUUCAAUAAUGCUUUACUGUAUCAUCCAAGCCGCCGGCGAGUUAGGCCUUUGUUAUGCAGGUUUAACUGGUAAUUAUACCAGAUAUCCUUCCAUUUUGGUUGACCCUUCGCUGGGAUUUGCUGUGUCUGUAGUUUAUACCAUUCAAUGGUUAACAGUUUUGCCUUUACAAUUAGUCACAGCAGCAAUGACAGUCAAAUACUGGACGAGCGUAAAUUCAGAUAUAUUUGUUGCUGUGGUUUUCAUAUUUGUAAUCAUAAUAAAUCUCUUUGGGUCUAGAGGCUAUGCUGAAGCCGAGUUCAUUUUUAAUAUAUGUAAGAUACUAAUGGUAAUCGGGUUUGUCAUUUUGGCCAUUAUCAUUAACUGUGGUGGUGCAGGUGAUAGAAAAUAUAUAGGUACCGAAUACUGGCAUAAUCCCGGUCCAUUUGCUCACGGAUUCAAAGGAGUAUGCACUGUAUUUUGUUAUGCCGCAUUUAGCUACGGUGGUAUUGAGGUCCUACUGCUCUCCGCUGCUGAACAGGAAAACCCAACGAAAUCAAUUCCAAAUGCCUGUAAGAAGGUUGUCUAUCGUAUUUUGUUGAUUUACAUGUUAACCACAAUCUUAGUUUGUUUCCUUGUUCCAUACAACAGUGACGAAUUAUUAGGCUCGGAUGACUCCUCCGGAUCCCAUGCAUCUCCAUUUGUCAUUGCUGUUGCAUCACAUGGAGUUAAAGUAGUCCCUCACUUUAUAAAUGCUGUCAUUUUGAUAUCUGUUAUUUCAGUUGCCAACUCUUCGUUAUAUUCUGGACCAAGAUUAUUACUGUCAUUGGCAGAACAGGGCGUCUUACCUAAAUGUUUGGCAUAUGUUGAUAGACGUGGUAGGCCUCUACUUUGCUUUCUUGUUUCACUCGCCUUCGGUUGCAUUGGGUUCGUGGCUACAAGUGAUGCUGAAGAGGAAGUCUUUACUUGGUUACUUGCCAUUUCUAGUCUUUCUCAACUGUUUAUCUGGAUGUCAAUGAGUUUGUCGCAUAUCAGGUUUAGAGAUGCUAUGGCAAAGCAAGGUCGUUCAAUGAAUGAGGUUGGAUAUAAAGCACAAACUGGUUAUUGGGGAUCAUGGCUUGCAGUCCUAAUUGCAGUUUUUUUCCUAGUUUGCCAAUUCUGGGUAGCCAUUGCACCUGUUAAUGAUCAUGGAAAAUUGAAUGUCAAAGUGUUUUUCCAGAAUUAUCUGGCAAUGCCUAUUGUUUUAGUUGCGUAUUUUGGUCACAAGAUAUACUUUAAAUCAUGGAGCUUUUGGAUUCCAGCUGAUAAAAUCGAUUUAAACUCCCACAGAAACAUAUUUGUUCAUUCAACACUCACAGAAUUCGAUAAAGCCGAUGAUGAUGUUAAAGAAUAUGAAAAUCAAGAGUCAUUGGAAAAUCUAAACAACUUGCGUUCAAGAAAUCUUUUCAAGAAAAUGGUAAACCUAUGGUACUAG